CAAUGGGAAGCGAGAAGCGGUUGAGGCGCCAUGACGGAGCCGAGCAGUGUGCCGCCGGGGUGCCCUGAGGCGGUGGCUGUGGGGCCAGCCGCAGAGCGGGGGGCUGCAGGAGAUGCCCCAGCCUCGACGUUGCCCCCGUGGCCCCGGGCCCACGGGGGCAGCAGCGACAGCGACAGUGACGUCGAGGGCCCCCGGCCCCCCCGGAGACCCCGGCCCAAGCGCCGGCGCCUGCACCUUGGCCCCGGUGUUCCCAGCAUCCCCGUCUACUCUAACAAGGUGAACAGCUGUUUCCGGCUGUGCCCCACAGCAGUGCAGCUCCGGGACUUGCCAGCCCCCCAACAGCAGGGAGCAGAGCCCCCCAUAGACACUGAUGCUGAAGAAGAAGAAGAAAAGGAGGAAGAGGAAGAGGAGGAGGAGGAGGAGGAGAAAGAUGAAAGGAAAGCAGAGCCAGUGCUGGAGCCAGAACCGUCGGAGGGGGCCACAAUCCCCGUGUCGCCCUGCUCCCCGCAGCCCCGGAGCAGCCGGACGCGGCGCAUCAUCCGGGACGUGGACCGGCGCCUGCGGGGUCUCAGCUCGCUGGUGCUGGGCUCCGCGGUGGCGCCGGAGCCCGACGUGGUGCUGCUGGAGCCCCCGGCGCCGCCGGCCCCCCGGCUGCUGCGGCUGAAGGUGCAGUGCCGGGCCGAGCUCCACCGCGUGCCGCUGCAGACGUCGGAGCCGCUGCGGGCGGUGGUGGAGCACAUGGCGCAGGUGCUGCGGGUGCCGCCAGGCCGGAUCCUGCUGCUGCUGCGGGACCGGGAGCUGGAGCCCAGCGCCACCCCCCCAGGCCCUGGGGCUGGGGGUCGCCGACAUCGUGGAGUGUGUGGUGGACGCCGGAGCCGGGGGGGAGCCGGAGCCAGAGCCGGCACCGGGCCCCGGGGAGCUGCGGCUGACAGUGCAGGGGCAGGACCGGCGCUCGCUGCUGCGGCUCAAUGUGCCCAAGGCGCAGCCGCUGUGCGGGCUCAUGGAGCGGUACCGGGCGGCGCGGGGGCUCGGCGCCCGCCCCCUGCACUUCUUCUUCGAGGGCCGGCGCCUGGCGGGGAGCUGCACCCCCGAGGAGCUGGGCAUGGAGCAGGACGACGUCAUCGAGGUCUGGGGCUAGCCCCGCCCCGCGCCCCCCGCUGCGGUGGCACCGUGACGUCAUCGCGGCGCCCUGCCGUGAUGUCACCGAGCCGCACGUCCCCCCCUGCCCCGUCCUGCUGUGGCGUCAUCGGCUCCCGGGCAUCCCCGGGCCGCGCCGACCAAUAAACCUGUUUCUGGCA